AUGGCGGAACAACUCGAAACGGAGGACGCCUCGAAGCGAGUCCUGGUCGCCAAGAAGAUGCUGAAAACGAUGGGAUUUCACGAGGAAAUGUUGAGAAGUAUCGUCACAUCAUGGCUCGUUCCCCAGCUCAGAACAGAAAUCACCCGUGAACCCGGCAAAAGCCUCACCAGGAUCCAAGAUGUCGGUUUCUUAGCAGCGUCGCGCUCCGAUGGGCUGAGGCCCUACCGAAUGUUCGACAUCACUGACCGCAUGUUGGUUGAUGAAAUCGAUUCAUCAGCGCCGUACUGCAUGGUAUCUCACCGGUGGAAGGACCCCGAAGUCAACCUCGAUCUGCUUCGAAACGCCAGAAAAGAUGUUUCCGAGUCGUACCCUGUUUGGUACAAAUCCGAAAAGACUGACGUUGAGGUAAUCCUCAAGUACUGCAAAGAAAAGGUAACGCAGCAGAGGAAAAACGUCAACGGUUGCGCAGUGAAGAACAGACUCGACGAGAAGCUAGCCGAGCAAGGCUGCUACGUCGCCUGCCUGUUAAAGAUGCAUCACCAGAGCAAAAAGGUCCAUGAAGAGGUACAAGAGGCCCACGCCAGUCUAGAGAAGAUUCUGCGCGGCCAAAAGGUGUCAGAGAUGGAGAAGAAAGCAUACCGAGAGCUCAGCAAAACGGCAAAACGCAGCGGGGCUGGGAACCCGACUUCAGCCUCUACCGUGGAAACCGAAAGCUAUGUGCUCGUAAGAAGCAACGAUGAUAAAGACAACAGUCGCGUCAAGGCUGCUUACGAGAGAGUCUUCGAUGCGGAGUGGGAGAGAGACAGAGAGCUGGAAGACCCGAAGUUCGAUGCGCUCAGUCGGGAUCUUCGAGAAUCAGUGGAGGAAAUGAUUCGCUGUCUACGUCUAUGGAGGUCGGCCAUCAAGAUAGAGCAAACGAUAUUGAAGGCUGAAGAGAUCUUUAAUCGCGGUCUGAUGGCUGGCCAAAAGCAGCGAAAGUGCUAUCUUUGGGUUGAUACCUGCUGUAUCGACAAGAGCAACCACAAUGAACACUCUGAAACAAUGUCGCUCAUGGGAGACUGGUACGCGCAGUCUGCAUAUACCCUGGUUCAUCUGGACCAUGGCCCCGACAAGUCGCCUAAGGGAUCUGACGCGGAGAUCUAUUGGAACGAAUUCCUACAAACAGACGGCGAUCAUCAGAAGCUGGAGACGAUUCCGGAGCGAGAGCUGGAUCACGUUCAGAGCUAUCAAGAUAUCGGCAAGGAAUCGGAAGUUGAGUGGUCGACAAGAGGAUGGACGUUGCAAGAGCUGGUCAUGAGCAGAAUGACUUACUUUGUCAACGCUGACUGGAAGUUCUUGCCUCGACCUGUGGAAAGUCUAGGGCGCCUAUAUCACCUCAUACCAUAUGUCGACCUAUACACCGAGGCGCUCGACGACAAGCGCAGUCCAAGUACCUGGCGGCCCGAAAUCCUGAUGACUGCGCUGCUGAACUCGGGGGCAGUGGCUCCAAGCGACGCUACGAAAGUCGUGUACCCGAGGAUACAGAAGGAGUCGGAUGAGGUGGAAGAAACGGUUGAAGAUGACACGCAGUCGCUGAGCGGCAGACUCUUGGCGUCUAUUGCUAUGCCUUGGAAUCUAGUCGACACAAUGUUCCAUGUCGUCAAGCCGGAACCAACCAAAAGCGAGGCUAUGAAGGAUCAAGAUUUACGAGCUGACUUACUACGUGAAAUGUCGGUUCUCUGGGACCCGACUUUGGCAAGUCGAUUUCCUCAGACGACACCAAACGAGAAAGAGAAAGGAAAGCAGAAGCUUUUCAAGGUCCCCGAGCAUCCUUUUCCCCAGAGUGGUGCCAAUGCAGAGGAUAGGGUACUGCGUGCGCUGUCUCUCAUCAAGGCUCUGGAGUUGGUGGGCUUUUGCUUUCCUAAGGACCUAUCCCGUGAGACUGCCAGAUCUGAGAUGGCUCAAGCUGUUUUCUUUGCGGCAGCUGGAUUGAUUGAAUGCUACGAUGAGACGCGGUUCCCGAUUGUCGUUCAGAAAAAGAGAAGGGAAGAGGGCAACAACAAACCGACUGCUGACGAAGAGAAGGCCUUGUUGAAGCUGAAAAGGAAGGCGGAGAAGCGAGUGAAGCUUGAAAUGAGGAAAAAGAUGUUUCAAGAGCUGCUCAAGUCCUUUCCUGAGGUACAAGACCGCUAUUCCGUCGAUGGAUUCGAAAGCACUGAAGAGAAAGAGGAAGCAUUCUCCAACAUCCUGGCACACAUUUUGCAUGUUCUCGUGGACGAAGUCAAGCCUUUGAUACAGGAGGACCGGCAGUUCAUCGCUGGGUUCGCAAACAUCACUUCUCUUGACGCGUGGAUUGAAGGGACGAAGAGAUACGGAUUUAGCGCUCAAGAGGUGAUGGCUCUAGCAUGUGAACGACGGACCACGAAGCCAUUUGACCGCGCGUAUUCUCUCAUGGGUAUCCUGGGCGUUCGGUUUCCGACAUUCUCUGCAGAAGGCUAUGAGAAAGCACUGUGUCGACUUCUAGAUGAGACGAUUACUACCCACAACGAUGUGUCUGUCUUCAACUGGACAGGCCACGACAAAGGAAGCCCGAUACGAGGUCGCUCGAUGUAUCCUCUGACACAGGAGGCAUACAAAGCGGACAAUGGCAGGCUCCAUAAUCGGAACCACUAUUCGGAGGCUUUGAAAAAGAAGAUGUCGAGGACUACAGACGCAUAUCAUGCUAUUGUCGCCCUGUUGCGCGACUUGAUCGACUUUCUCAAGACGACUACUCCUCCAAAGCAAGAGGUUGAAUGGAUUCAGGCUAUUGCUACCAUUGUUCAGAAUCUCAAACUACAGAGCUUGAGGACCCCUUCGAUCGGUCACUCGGAGGAUCAGGUUGGGAGCCAGGCUAGUAGCCACAGUAAAAAGGAGUCGCCAAAUGAGAUUGAGGUUAUCAGCAAAUUCAUUGGAUACAUCAUUAAUCCUUCUAGCAGGCCAGCAUACAAUCCGAGCAUCGAGUCGCUAGAGGGGACAAUACGUGUCGCUCUCGAACCAGAACCUGAGCCAAUACCUGUCCGUGCGGUUGAUACACUAGACUGUAUCGAUGAGCAGGUCGAACCUGUCUCUCCAGUUACGGACCAUGAGGAUGCUCCGUCAGAUGAUGUAUCUGCGGUGGCCCCAACUGAGACUCCCACACCCGACGAAGAAGUCAAUGAACCAAGUCCUCCCUUGGGCAGAAAGAGCAGAUUCGUCGAACAGCUCUCUGAGGCGGGCCCGGCUCCGGAGGAAUCCUCCGUUGACUCGCAAAGCACGGCACAGACUGAGGUUCCAAAUCCGAAUGAUGAAAUCACCAGAUAUCUCCAGAAUUGGGCCACUGCCUCUACUCGUGGUGCAAGUUUUGGUAGAAAUAUCCCAAAGAAUCAACUACCGCCGCAAAUCCAGGGAGUCCAGUACAGCAUAGAGGAGCAGCAGGAAGAAAACACAAGCGACAAUUCUUCCAACGCCGAAUACUCGAAUACAGUCUCACCGCAUCCCAUCAUAGUCACCAACGCAGGAAUCGAGGGCAUAUUCGAUAUUCAGCGCGUCAUUAUUACCAUGGCGGAUGUGGAAGGCCUUCGGCAGCAAGUCGAGCACACAACGAGUGGAGAGCAAGUAAUAUCCGGCUAUUGCUCCAUCAGUACUGGAUUCGCACAGGUCGUUGUCCGAUUUUCGUGCAAGAGUAGUCUUCUGAAGCAACAGCUGGAAGUCAUUGACGGUAUUGACUUGACUGCUCCUAAGGAGGAGACGAAAAAGUUAGAGAAGAAGAAGGAACACAAAAUUACUACCAAGGGCCUCUGGGAUAAGAUGAAGAAGAAGGCGAAGAAGAAGAAGAAGGGCAAAGAGGACGAUGACAACGAAGUUGAGAGCGAGAUAACGGAGUCAGCGUCUCUAGAUGACGCUGUAAACAAUGCAGAAGCAGAGAGGGAAGAGUCCGAGAACCAACUGAACUACGAAUUCGACAAAAACAGAACCAUCAGUGGCAUGAUCAGGUUUAUCCAGGAAGACGACUUGCGGCUUGUGGCAGGCGAGUGGGUGCUCGCGCGAUGCUCAGGCGUAUCCAACGCCAACUGGUUCCUCUGCCAUCUCGAACUAGGCGCGACACACCCAUUCUACGGUUACCGCAUCCCUACGAGUGAGAUCAAUUUCGACAAUUGCACGCCUGAGAAUGGGUUGGUCAUCGCGUGGAACAUGUACAUGGACCGAAAGAAAGAGGAGAUGUGCAAGAUAUUGACGAUGCUCCUCAAAUCAAAGGAGCGUAAGCUCAAGAGAAGACGACUGAUUGGUCGCAUAAUGCGUGAUCUCAGGACGGUGGAUGAAGAGGACGAGGAUGAGCCCGAGGAGAGUCGGGAAAGCUUACUUGAGACGAUUGAUUCCCACGACGGCCCGAUCGACCACGAACAAAAUGAGUACGACUAUGUGGACGAGUACGCGGAAGAACGAAAUGAGAUGCCGCAGACGAUGCCGCCGAAUUCGGAGUUUCUCUCCCAGAAUUCCUCACUCAGCAUCGUCCAGGACAGCAUGUGGUCCGCUCCCUUCGAUCCUCAGUCUCAGUUCACUGCGUCAAGCUACGAAACACCAGACAUGUUACCAGUCCAAGAACUCCGCCCCGAGGACUCGGUAUCAAAUAUCGGAGAUCAGGACUCCAGACCAACGACGCGGCCGCCGACUGUUCGCAGUUCCAGCUCUACGGCCACAGCAACCACGGCAAAAGACAGGGGCGACUUCGACGACGGCGAGAAGUCGCAUUUCUGGGAUAUUCUGCCGUUUAUAGAGAAGGUUGCUGAGACCAAGGCGAAGCAUUUCGACAAGCAUUUGAGUGCGACUGUGUUGAAGGAUACACCGCCCGUUCUGAGGCAGGCGAUUGAGAAUUUGAAUGAGAGGAGGGACUUUUUGCCGGCAAUGUUUCAUUCGGCGAAGAAAGUUCAUAUGCUUAACAGAGUGCGCAUCACUGCUCCAUUUAUUGAUGCUUCUUCUGUUGCCAAACCAGCUCUGCUUUUGCUCUUUGCGGCUCUCGUUCAAUCCAACCACAAGGAGCCUACAGAGCGACAAUUCCUGCCCCAAGAUGGAGACUCGAAGGCGGUAUUCAAAAAGAUACUCUACCCAUCCAAGGACAACCUCUGCGAUGCCUGUCGCCGCAUCUCGAUUCCUGCACUGACCGCAGAACUCGCCUCUCCGCCGAGCUUCUGGAGAGAUUUGGAGUUAGAGAAUGUCAUGCCAAUAACGUCCAAAUACGGCAUGAGUCUUUUUGAGAAUGCACUGGAUCUCACCAAGAGGAUUCACACAUGCGCCAUGUGCUGGCUCAUUGCAAGCGCCUUUAGGAUGCAGUAUCAAACCAUCCAGGGCAUUGCCGAGAGGCCAAUCUUUCUCAGUCCGUGGUGGACGUAUGGGACCGCAACGCCAAUGACUUCGAAUCCUGUGGAGGACCAGUUUCCGUUGAUGGGGAUGCUGAUUUGGAUGCCUGUUGAUGACCAUCCACAUGCUACUCCGCGAGAUGGUUAUGUCCCUUGUACGCUGCGGUUCUACACUGACGAAGUGGGCAGAGUGCCGGUGCUCUAUACCGGAAGCCCACAAACGUUCGCUCGCUCGCGGCAUCAACUCACCACAUGUCGAGAGAAUCACCCAAACUGCCUAGAAACAGUGGCAGGUUCUCCGUUUGACAAAGAAGAAGAGCCGAUACUGCCAACACGCGUCAUCGACCUCGGGCCUCCUAGUUCUGGCAGUGAGAAGGAUCAUGACCCUGUUCGUCUCAUCAAUACAGACGGCUCGCGCGGCCAUUACGUCGUGUUCAGUUACCGUUCGGCGCUCGUCAAAGAUUCCUUCCGCACAACCCGCGCGAGCCUUGAGGAUCAUUCGCAGGGUAUUCCCUGGACCAAAGUUCCAAAGACACUGCAGCACGCAAUGGACAUGGCCAAAAAGCUAGGGUUUCGGUAUUUCUGGAUUGACUUACUCUGCGUUGUCCAAGACGAUGCCGAAGAGGGGCUCCGUGAAUCAACAAAGCUGGGCAGCGUGAUUGAGGGCGCAAGCCUUGUCAUUGCGGAUUCACAAGGGUGGAGUUUUGAGGAGGGCCUCUUUAAUGCUCUCAGCAAUUGUACUUCCUCAAGUCUGACCCGGAUCCCUUACCAUGAUGCAAACGGAGUCGCUGAUGGCACAGUGUUGUAUGUUGACUGCGUGGACUACAACAGCAUGACCGAUCCAGAUGAGAUAUACGGCACCUUUGUCGGGAGGGCCUGGGUCACACAGGAGUUUUUCAUGGCGCGGCGCAUCGUCUUUUUCACCUUGUUCGAUACGGUCUGGUCAUGCCGGACAGUUCGUAUAGGGCCCGACGGGGUCCAGAAUAUUCCAACGAGGAAUCUAGACAAUCGAAAAUGGUUCGACAUCAUCCAGCACCAUGGGAUGUGUGAGCUGAAGCAUCCCGAGGACCGGCUCCAGUCAUUAGAAAGCCUCAGAACCGCAAUACAGAAGCGAGAUGGCGGGACACCGUACAGACACGGCAUGUUUGAGAAGGAAUUGCAGACACAGCUGAUGUGGCGGGUUGUCAAAGGCCGAGCACGAAAAGCCGAGAACCCUGUGGCCGUACCAUCGUGGUCGUGGGCCUCCAGCAUGGCCAGGAUUCGAUUCUUCGAGUAUACUGCAGAACCCGCGCCUUUAUCGAUCGUCAUACAGUGGGAAACCUGCGGGAAUAUGUCGUUCAAAGGGGACACAGUACUGGUGCCGGCAGGGAAGCUGAGGAAGCUGAGAAAAUCGUCCUGGUGGCAGAAGAUGAAGGUUCUCCCAGAGCCGAUGACGGAACCUGAUAACAUGAACUGGGAGAAUACAGUUCGGUUUGACGAGAUUGAGCCUCCUGGCAAGUUUGCAGGUACUCUAUUUGCUCUUUUGCUGUGUACCAAGGAGAUGAAAUGGCCGGAUGACAAAUUAUCGGUGAACGAGUACUUUAUCAUCUUGAGGAGGAUAUCGAAAUGGAACCAGACGUACGAGAGAGUCGGAGCGGGAAUGUCGUGCAGUCGUGGGCGGCUUAUGGAUAAUCUGUUGACGUGGUCGUUCGAUUGCAAAGUGAGGAGCUUUCAGAUUGUCUGA